GUUCCAUAAGCUUCUUCUUCUGAGCUAAAGAAAUACAAAAAGCUUUCAAAAAAAGAAAAAAAAUUCAAACUCAACGAACUGUUUCAGUGCUGAAAAUGGGUUCUAUUCACCGCUUUGCCAUGCUCUUCUUUGUUCUUAUAGUUCUCGUCGAUCGUCCGACGGCUGAGGCUGCCGCAACUGGCCGGAAGCUUUCGGCUCUCGUCCAAGAACAGCCGCUUGUUCUCAAGUACCACAACGGUGCUCUUUUGAAGGGCAACAUCACCGUUAAUCUCAUAUGGUACGGUACUUUUACUCCUGUUCAACGCUCGAUAAUCGUUGAUUUCAUUCAUUCGUUGAACUCCCCCCGUGCUACGCCGCCUUCGGUGGCGUCGUGGUGGAAGACGACGGAGAUGUACAAGGGCGGGGCGUCUAAUCUCGUUGUUGGGCAGCAAGUCAUCCGCGACACGUAUUCUCUCGGGAAAGUCCUCAAGACUUCUCAUCUAAUGGCCCUCGCCGGUGGAAAAGGUAACGAUCUCAGAGCCAUUAACGUGGUUCUAACGGCGAAAGACGUUGCCGUUGACGGAUUCUGUAUGAACCGAUGCGGUACCCAUGGUGCUAAACGGGCCUUGAAGGGAAAAGCUGGUCAGGCUUAUAUUUGGGUCGGAAACUCCGAGACCCAAUGUCCCGGUCAAUGCGCCUGGCCCUUUCACCAGCCCAUGUACGGCCCACAGACUCCGCCUUUAGUGGCACCUAACGGUGACGUCGGAAUCGACGGAAUGGUCAUUAACUUGGCUACUCUCUUGGCGGGAACCGUGACAAACCCGUUUAAUAACGGCUACUUUCAGGGGCCAGCAACGGCGCCGUUAGAGGCUGUGUCCGCUUGUACCGGGGUAUUCGGGUCCGGAUCUUACCCGGGUUAUCCAGGUAAGGUCCUGGUCGACAAGGCGAGUGGAGCGAGUUACAAUGCUCACGGUGACAACGGCCGUAAGUAUCUUUUACCGGCGAUGUGGGACCCGAAGUCUUCAGCGUGCAAAACGCUCGUUUAAUCGGUAAGAAUCCAAAAACAAGAAGAAAAAAAUCCGGAAAUAGAACGCUUAGAUUAGAUUGCGGAAUACGGCGUCGUUUAUGGACACGUGGCUUUGGCUCUUUCCCUCAGUGGUGGGGAGGUAUAAUCCGGUGCAGGCUAUUGUAGAUACGGCGUUUUGUGGGCACAUUUCGAAGUUUGUCGUUUUAGGUGACGUGUAAAUUGUGUGCUAAAGAAAGGGGGUUUAAUGAUGUUAUUAUAAUUAUAUAUAUAUAAAAAAAAAAGUGAGUCGAGUGGAGAAAAUUAUUAUGUAUAUCCGAAACUAUAAAUAAUGAUAUUUAGUAAUGAAGGAAAACGUUUUAAAGAAGUGAAAAUAGUGGAGAUAUCAUGAAAAGUUGUGUGUGGAAGGUAGUAUUUGAUGGUAUUUUGUUUGCUUUUGGGUAAAAAAUUAAAGGGGGAUCAUUAAAAUGUAGGAAAGAGGAAAGUAAUUCAGAGCCCAACAAUAUGUGUAUAUUAAAUUGAAUGAUAUUUUAUUUUAUGUUAUCAUAUAAUGAAUGAAUAAAGCCAAGUAUAUGUGAAA